UUGCGCGCAGCUGUUUGCAGUGUAGUGAAGGCGGCUAGCGUUAUCGGUGUGUUGUCCAACUGUCAAAAAAAUGAUGACUUCUUCGGAAACGUCAGAGGUGGAAAAUUUAGGAGGUGAAAAGAGCGCCGAAGAUUCGGCGAUCUUGGAAAUAAGCUCCAUGGCGACGGGCGGGAUAGUGAAGCAGGACAGUCGCGAUGUCGAUUUUCUCUCCAACUGCAGCACCUCCAUUGAGGGAUCCGUGAUUGCCUCUCCUUCUAUCGAUAGCUUCUCUACUCUUCCGGAUCAAGAGAUAUCAGACUUUCAGAUGGAUUCGCGAGACUUACAAGUAAAAGUGGAUAAUCCACAAAAGCAUCUGGAAACUUUGGAGACUUAUAUUACAUUCCGUAUAACAACUAGAACUACACGUCCAGAGUUUGAAGAAGCAGAAUAUGUGGUUCGCAGGCGCUACAAUGAUUUUAUUUGGCUGCGUCAGAAGUUGGUGGAUACUUAUCCAACUCAUAUUAUACCACCAAUGCCAGGCAAGCAUACAUUGCUUGCUCAACUCGAUCGAUAUUCCAAGGAAUUUGUCAUAGCUCGAAUGAAGCUUUUGUAUAUAUUCUUGAACAGAGUGGUGAAUCAUCCUAUUCUCAGUUGCGACAAGAAUCUCCACAUCUUUCUCACAACAAAACCUGCAGAAUUUCUCACUCAUCGCAAAAACCGCGGCAAUGUGCUCGGGAAAAUGACCGAUUCUUUGCAAAACAUGGCAAGUACAUACACGAUGAAACAGCGUCAUUUGGAAUUUGAACAGAUACGGGAUUAUUGUACAGCAUUGAGUGAAAAACUGUCGGCUAUAGAUAAGAUCAAUCAUCGUAUACAUAAAGAAAGGCAAGAUUAUUUAUUGGAGCUUCAUCAAUUGCAUCCCAUAUUCACGUUGUGGGCAAGCUCAGAACCGGAACUUGAAUCAAUUUUAUUGGCAAUCGCUAAAGCGGUAGAAACAAAUGCAGUGGCUCAUAAGAAACUUUUGGAAAACGUUCCUAAUGACGAACGCGAGUACGUUUCAUAUAUAGAAGCUGUUAAGAACGCAUUGUGCCGGCGUGACUCGAUGCAGAUUGAAUAUGAGAUAACGGUUGAUGUAUUAGCAAAGAAGAGAAUGGAAAAGGAUCAGUUGAUAGGAAAUACGAGCUGCACGAUUCCCGCACAAAGCUGGGGUGGAUCUCUAUGGAAAGCGGAAUCUCGCGACGAAAAAUUAGAGCGACUUGGUCAGACGAUUCCGCGGUUAGCCAAGCAAGCGGAAAUAUUGCAGGAUCGCAUGGAAUGCGCGAACGAAAAUCUGCGAAGCGACAUACAGAGGUGGAAUGUAGAGAAGCAGCAGGAUCUGAAGAACAUGCUGAUCACGAUGGCGGAUCGACAUAUCAGACAUUAUCAGCAGUGCAUGAAUGCAUGGGAAGAUAUUCUCGCCGGGUUUAAAUUGGACGGAAUCGGAUCUGACGUUAACGUAGGACCGCCCGUUAAGAUACCCGUUUGAACUGAUGAUCUAUCGCUAUUUAGGAAUUAUAGAAUAAGUGUUCGUUAUAUGAAGAUAAUAACACGCCACACAAGAGAAUCUCUAUCAAAUAAUGACACAAAGUUUAUUUGCAAGUUAUUGCAACCUAAAGAACAAUCUCUACCAUCAGCUUGAAUAUCAUCGCUUUCAAAGUCGAAUCGUGGUUUUGGAAUCUCGAGAUUACUUAAUAAUUGUGAAUCGCAACGGAUACAUUUGACGAUAAUAAAAGUCGCGCGUCUAUGUACAUAUUGCGCAUAAUACUCUAAUAUCAAAACUCUACGCAGAAAAUUUGCCUUUAUGAUACAAUACAAUCUUGUGAUAAUGUGAAAAAAUUAAGUAUAACGCAUUUUGGUCCUACAUGUACGCUACAUGAAUGUGGGGCAAGUUUCAGUGUAUCCUGUACAAGAAACACUCUCCGGGAUUUUUUUUUUUUUUAGAUAUUUAGAUCAUCAAUAUAUUAAUUUUGGGGACCAAGUAUCGAACCUGUUAUCGCCAUUCCCUUCUCUCGCGCUCAGUUGGAAACAUUAUAUCAUAUAUUUAUUGACAAUCAGUUUAGUCGUCUAUAUCUACUAGUUACCAAAGUACAAUAGUUACCAUGAUAGCGUAGAUAGUCAAUAUAUAAUAUACAGCACUGAUAAAUUUUACAAAUUGGAGUAUAAUGCUUGUGAGAGCUUCGUUGUAUCAUUAAUUAGUACCUUUAGUCUAUGUUUCUAAAUUAUGAACAAGUCACAUCGCACUCAACAGUUAUGCUCGACAUCAUCGGAAGAGGUGUAGUUAGAAUCCUAUAUGGCUUAUAAUACCUCUUCUCGUAUUCAUUAUUUAUGCUCGAAUACUCUCCUUCUCACUUGUAAGCAAUGUGGAAUACAUUUCUAUACAUUACAAUGCCGCGAUUUGGCGAAUCGAUAAAAACGAUGGUGUUUGUAUUAAUAAAUAAAUUAUUGUUUGCAAUGAA